AUGGUUGACUUUGUGAACAUCAAUGGCGCCCGCCUGGCAUAUCGCAUAGCUGGGCCUAACAAUGCACCGCUCAUGAUCACGCUGCAUGGCGGUCGCGGAAUGGGUGAUCAUAAAUCCGACUUCAAAGUCUAUGGCCAGUUAAGCGAUAAGAUUCGAGUUCUGUCCUUCGAUUACCGUGGCCAUGGCCAAAGUUCGUUGACUAAGCCUUACACCUUUGAGCAAAUCGUCGAUGACAUCGAAGCGGUAAGACAGCAUUUCAUUGGAGAUGAUCAGGCCAUCAUCUGCGGCGGUAGUUUCGGCGGUUUCCUCGCACAGCACUAUGCCAUCAAGUACGCCCCGAAAGUAUCGCAUCUGAUUCUCAGAGGGACUGCACCAUCUCAUCACCACGAGGCCGGCGCCGUCAAAACUCUGGAGGCGAGGAUACACAAAGUUCCUAGCUUCUCUGUCGACAUGUUGAAGAACAAAGUCUUUGGUGCAUAUGAGAGCGACCGCGAGUUUCAGUUGAUUUACUUCGCCAUGAUGCCGCUGUACAGGGAAACUUUCGACCCCGAUGCGGCGUUGAAGAGCAACCUCGAUGGUGUUUACGUCGCCGAGUCUCACAAUGAUCUAUACUCCGAGAAAGAGAAAUACUUUGAUUACACUGAACAACUCUCUGAAAUUACAGCGAAGACUCUGGUAGUCGUGGGCGACAAGGAUUGGAUAUGUCCUCCUGAAAACUCCAAGUUGAUUGCUGAAAGAAUCCCCGGAGCUAGACUUUUGUUGGUUGAGGGCGCUAAUCAUGGUGUUCAUGCCGAAAAGCCAGAAGUGGUCCUGGGAGAGAUUCGCAAGCACUUGGACAUGUAG